GGCCGCCAGUGUUUGAGCUCCAGCUAUGGCUCUUUCUUCUUCUCCUCCUCCAGGUUAUUAAAGUGAAGCUGUCAUGGAGGAGCAGGAAACCCCCCCAGAGAAAGAUGCUGUGGAACACAUACUUGCUCGUAAAGAUAAAUCCUCGCUGAGCCAUCGAUUCAUAGACCACUUUAAAGGGAAAGGACUCGUCAGCCGCAAAACCAUCGAACCUUCCGAGUUUGUUGUUGAAUAUUGUGGGAAAAUUUCCUAUCAUAAAGGGAGAGGGCGCAGGAAGAAAUAUGGUGAAAACAAUUACUUGUAUGAGUUUUCAUGGAAAGGACUCAACUGGUGCAUUGAUGCUUCCAGAGAGUAUAGGAGCCUCGGAAGAUUCGUGAAUGAUGAUCACGUAAAUCCCAACUGUGAGAUGAAGAACAUUGUUUGUGGAGGGAAGCCACACAUGUGCCUUUUUGCAGUGAGACAAAUAUCCCCGGGCGAGGAGAUAACCUACAACUAUGGGGACUUCCCUUACCCGUGGCGCUCAAUGCUUCAGGACUCAGGAACUUCUGAUCCUGAGGAAUCGUACUGUGAUGAUGACGACAAACUUCCUGACACAGGACGAAGCCAAGACAAUGACAGGUCUGCCAACAGUCAGUUGGACGUCGGGGACGGUUCACCUCUGACAGAGCUGGAUUCUUCUCAAGAGAUGAUGGAGUCGGUUCCGCUGCGACCAGACGAUGCUUCAUGCAGCAAGCAGGACGAGUCUGCUGUGAUCACUGAUGAACACAGCUCGGAUGAAGAAUACUUACCUGAUGACGAUAUACAGGAGUCCGAAGAGCCAACAUUCGCCUGGAAAAAUUAUUGUUACGUUUGUGGGAAAGGAAUGACUAAACUCACUCGUCACUUUUUAAGACAUGCUGAUGACGAGACUGAGAUUGCUGGAGCCUUUGCAUUGCCUCUAUAUUCUAAGGAACGGAAAAGGUUAUUUGAGGAUUUAAGAAACAGAGGAAAUUACAAACAUAAUCAAGAGGUGUUGAGGAACAACAGUGGAGAGUUAAAACUUAAAAGACGACCGUCGAAAAGGAAUGUUAGUGCUAAAGCAUUUGGGCUCUGUCAGCAUUGUAAAGGCUUGUACAAACGUAUUGAUCUGUCUAGGCAUGUAGAGAGAUGCCAUUCUAGGACAAGGUCAUGCCCUGUAAACAGCACGUCUACGAUACCGUUCACACGUGAUGUGCAGGAUUUCUACAGGUACCUAGAAACGACGUCAGCCUCUGCCAUCAAAACCCUGAAGAUGUAUGAAAACCCACAGGUCUACAAUGUACUCUCCAAACUGACGCUUGCACAGGUGACCGUCUUAAACAAAGGUGCACCUGAGGUUUCCAAAAUGUCACUGAAGUCAUUCCAGGAGCGGCACCACUCCACUCGAGUGUUGUCACAGCACUGCAUCAGGAUUAAUAUUGUGAGCAAGAAUCGACUAAAAGUUUCUGUUUUGUUGACACCGGAGCUCGUCAGUGCAAUCACACUGCUUGUGGACAAGAGACAGAACUGUGGCGUACACAAAGACAACCCUUUCCUGUUUGCAAAGCCCGACCGCACCGAUUCAAGCUUCUACAGUGGAGCGUACUGCAUCCGGGGUCUCUCAAAUCUGUGUGAAGCAAAAAACCCAGAGCACCUCAGGACGGCGCAUCUCCACAAGCACAUUGCAAUAGUGUUCCAGAUUCUCAACCUGGAGAACAACGAGCUGGAUCACCUGGCGAAGCUGCUGGGUCGUGACAUUCGGGCCGACAGGGAUUAUUUCCGUUUGCCAGAGGCGGCGGUGGAACUGGCAAAAAUUGUUGAACUACUUGUGGCAAUGGAAAAGGGUUCUCUUGAAAAAUUCAAAGGAAUCUCUCUGGAUGAAAUGGAGAUUGAGGAUGAGUUGGAGCCAGAUGUGGAGAUGUGCAAACCAAAAGACAGCGAUACUGAAGAGGACAGCGACGAAUCAGAUGUUCCACCGCUGCAGAACGAAAAUGGGAAACGGCCAUGCAGAAAGCGGACUCCUGAGAAAGAUGCCCUGGAGCACAUAAAGACCCGCAGAGACCAACCCUUCCUACAGGAAAUGUUGAUUGACACGAUCAAAGGAAAAGGUGUUUUCACCUGUCAGUCCAUCGAACCAUCCAGCUUUGUUGUUGAGUAUCGGGGGAACAUCUCCACUCGCACUGAAACCCGGGGAGAAGAACAGGGCGAUACUUUGAACAAUUACCUGUUUGACUUUUCGUGGAAUGGAACAAACUGGCGUGUCGAUGCGUCGAAAACCCCCGGAGGGCUCGGGAGACUCGUGAAUGACGACCACAUCAGUCCCAACUGUGAGAUGAAGAAGAUUGAUUUCGAGGAGAAGCCGCACUUGUGCCUGUUUGCAGUGAAGAAAAUACAUCGAGGCGAGGAGAUAACUUACGACUACGGGGACUCGUCGUACCCCUGGCGCUCGACGAGAACCAGUGAGGAUUUGAAUUCAACACAAACACACUUGAAAGAUGCUGCAUCUUCACCGGAGGAGGAAAUGGUGAAGGACUUUGAAGCCUGUAGCUCCAAAGAAUCCUGUGGUGAUGACGAGUAUGUCCCUGGCCCUGAUGAAGAGCCAAGCAGCGAUGAAUACGACAAUGAUGUCAAAGAAGAUGACGAGAAGAAAAAUAAUCCAUAUGUCGUGGAGUUAGAUUCUUCUGAACACCAACCCACUGAUGAUUCCCCCGUCCAGCAGGAGGACGACUCCAAUGACCAUCCCCCUGAGAGAGAGUCCUUAAGCCUUUCCCCCGCCAACAAAAACUAUUGUUACGUUUGCGGGAGACCUCAGUCCAAAAUUUCUCGCCAUCUUUUGACCCACAGACACGAGGAGGCCGACAUCGCUCAAGUGUUUGCACUACGUCGAAAUUCCAAAGAACGAAAAAGGCAAAUGGACAAUCUAAGAAAAAGAGGAAAUUACAAACAUAAUCAGGAGGUGUUGAAGACUUGCCGUGGAGAACUGAAAGUGGCGAAAAGACCUAAAGCGUCCCUUACAAAAAGUAACUUGUUUGCCUCCUGUCUAUACUGUAAAGGCAUGUAUUGUCGUAAGGAAAUGUGGCGUCAUGUGCGAAUGUGCUCAAACAAGUUAUUUAAGAGUGCAAUAGGUCCCAAGACCAAAAUUUUAUCUUUGGUUGCUACCACAGUUAAAACUGAGCCGAGAGAAAUGACCUCAUAUGUGAGGGACGUUUUAAAUGACCUGAAUAACGAUGAGAUUUCAUCUGCGGUGCGGGAGGAUUGUCACUUGCUGCGCCUGGCACAGUGUAUGUGCUUCACAAAUAAAACGAAAAAACAAUCAGCGUACAUUAGACAGAGGCUGAGGGAAAUGGGAAGGCUCCUGUUAAGGUUACGGAAAAAGGAGAUUAGUUGCUUUGAAGAUGCUGUCAAGCCUGAAAACUUCAGCAAAGUGGUGGAAGCCGUCAAGGAGCUCAGUGGUUUCAGGGAAGAGACGCAGUCUUGUGACAGACCAUCUUUGCCACACAAAUUGGGGGAGACGCUCAAGAAGAUUGGGGACAUAAGUUACGCUGUAGCUUUGAAAGAGGAUGCUGACAAAGAGACAAUACACAGAGCAGAGACAUUUAUGAGGCUGUGUGCCGAAGUAUGGGGCCCCCGAUCAAAAUCCUUUAUAAAUAAACCAUCGGCCAUACUGUUCACCCAGGACAUGCAGCUUUUAUACCAGUGCAUUGAGAAGACGGCAGCGUCUGCAGUCCAGAGCCUGACGAUGUACGAGAGCCCCCCUGUCUACAACGCACUUCUCAGAGUGACACUUGCACAAGUGGUGAUCUUGAAUGCAAACGUGUUCAGAAAAGUGCCACGAAUAACGCUGAAGUCAUUCCAGGAGAGGGACGACGCUGAGCUUCACACAGACGCCUCUGUUGGCCGGUCACAGCUCGAAGAGAUUCUCUGCAAGCGCUUUGUGACGAUCAAUGUGAUGAGCAAGGCUGAAAGAAAGGGUCACGAUAAAGAAAUUGCUGUUAUGUUGACGCCAGAACUGCUGAGCGCAAUAACACUGCUGGUGAGCAAGAGAGAAGCGUGUGGUGUACAUGCACUAAAUCCCUUCUUAUUCGCUAGACCUGUCGCCAUACGCACAAGCUCCUACCAGGGGCAAACAUGCAUCAGGCUCUUUGUGGCCAGGUGUGGUGCGAAGAACCUCGAGACACAAAGGCCCGCGUUUCGGAAGCACAUGGUAAGAACCUACCAGAUCCUGAGCCUCACAAACGAUGAGCUUGAUCAACUAGCCAAGCUGCUGGGCCGCGACAUUCACACCGACCGGGACUAUUAUCAGAAGCCAGAGGCGGCGGGAGACAUCGCGAAAAUAUCAGUGCUCCUCUCAGAAAGGGAGAACGGAUCUGCUGAGAGAUUUGAAGGAAAAUCCUUUGAGGACAUUGAGAUUCCAGAUGAACUGCAGCCGGAUUUGAAGGAGUGCGAUUCUGACAACAGUGACGCCAACGAUGACUGUGAAGACGCAGAAAGUUCAGACUCGUCACCUCCAAAAAGAGUUUCCUCCUCGAAGAAACGCGGACGACCCAAGAGGAAGAAGAGUGAAAGUGAAGAGUCUGUGCAAGAUGAAGAGGAAGAUGAUGAGGGGAACGCAGAGGGUGAUGACCAGUCGGAGGAGGAGGGGCCCGGGAAGUGUGCCGAGGAUGCAACAAACCUUUCUUUUAGUGAUGAUGAGGACAUGAACGUGGACUUCGAUAUGGACGAAGACACCGAUGAGGACGUCAGAAAUGACAACCGGGACCGAGACGUUGGAUCAGAUGGAUCAGCAGCAAUGCCUGUGAGGACACAAGUCACAGGACGCAGGGAGCAGGACAAGGAAGUCAGUGAUAAUAAGGUAGAGCGCUCACCACAGAAGAACUCCACUGACACGGACCCUGAAGAGACCAUGGACGUCGAUGCAGAGGAAACAGACAAAAGGACGGGGGGAGAAGGAGCUGACGACAGGGAAGUGGAUACAAGUGGUUCCUCAGCCGCCUUAAACACAGAAAAGAAGAAAAGGUUAUUAGCUCAAAUGAAUGGGAUGAAGAAAGUGAAGGUGUUAAUCAGAAAACUGGACAUUAAUUUGCAGAAUCCAGUCCACAUUUCAAAGUUACCAUCUGUGUUUAAGAAGUGGCUGAAGAAAGAUCAGCCGCUCCAGGACGACGACAAAGAGCCGGAAACAUCUACCAGUUCCACAGAGGCCAAAAAUCAGCCCACAACUGAAGAGGCCACGCACAUGACGUGCUCCCACUGUGAGAAGAUCAUGAUGAAGGGACAAACCGCUUACCAGAAGAAGGGAUUCACACACGUCUUCUGUUCUAAAAGCUGCCUAUUCGAGAAGUUCCCCGUCAACAAGCCCGACACCAAGACCUGUCACUCCUGUCACAAGAUGAUAACGCAGCCUCUGGACCUCGUCAUGGCCGUAGUCGACGCUCAAGGGACUAUGAAGGACUUCUGCACUCUGACCUGCCUGUGCCUUUUCAAGUCCAAACACGUGCGUGCCCAAACACCAAAGUCCCUCUGCAGCAUGUGCAACAAGUCCUGCACUGCCACGUGUGAGUUGUCUUUAUCGCAGGCUGUCCACAAGUUUUGCCACAAAUCCUGUUUGGACGGUUUCUGCCGGGACAACAUGCCGACCUGUGACCACUGCAGCUCCCACUGCCAGAAGCAGCCGCUGAUGGUGGAGCUGGAGGAAGACGGCACGAAGACCAUCUGCAGUGCGGAAUGUCUCACAGAAUUUAAAGAGAAAACCGAAACCCCCCAACCCUGCUCCAUGUGCCUCACGUCUCAGCAGAUGUCCGACAUGGUCAACUACAAAAGCAUCGAGGGCACGGUGAAGCUCUUCUGCAAUCGCGGCUGUAUGGUUUCAUACCAACUGAAGCCUGCAGCUCAAGAAAAUAAACGCAAAGCUUGGUUGAAAAAAAAGAAAAAAAGCCAACAGACCCACUGUAAACCAAAUACUGACGAUGUGAGCGUUGUCUCCUCUGUGGACGGAGCCGCCGCCUCUCAAGCUGCUGAGGAACCGACGCUCAUCACGAGGCUGCUCAUCAACGCCGCCUCGUGUGUCUCCUGUCGCAGCUGUGAGCAGAUGAUGAUGAAGGGCCAAACAGUUUAUCAUCUGAAGAGCGCGUCGGACGUGUUCUGUUCUGCCUCCUGCUUCACUCAACUGAAUCCACACAUCAAAGUCGCCAGCAAACACUGCCACAACUGCUUUCAGGUGAUACUUCAGCCUCUAAAAGUCAUCCUGGCUCCAGUGGGCGAUGUAGGGACGAUGAAGGAGCUGUGCAGCGAGACCUGCCUCGCGUCCGUCACUUCCAGGAUGAGCACGGCCGUCCUGAAGACACAACCGCGAGUCGAUUACCACCAAAUCCACAACCCGACUGCGCCUCCAUGUGACGUCUGCGCCUCCGCCUGCACCGACGACCAGUUCCUGCUGAAGAUGGAGGAAAGCAGAGUCUGCAGUAAAGAAUGUCUGGUCAACUUCAAAGAGAAAGUCAAGACGCCUCAGGUCUGCCCCAUGUGUCAGACCUCUCAUCACCUGUCAGACAUGGUUGAGGACAAAGACCAGGACGGCAGGUUGGACUUCUUCUGCAGCAACAGAUGUUUGGUGGUGUACAAGGCGCAGUUUCUUACCAAGUCAGCAAAGACCAGCUCGUCAUCUGAGGAGCACCAUAUUAAGGAUGUGACGCCAAAAGACGUGAAACCAAAGACGGACUUUAUAAAAGAGGAGCUGGUCGACGAGGGGUACAACCAGAAUCUGCCUCCCGGCGUCGCCACAGAACACAUCAAGGAUGAGCCAAGCGGGACCAAGGACUUGCAGAUCGAUCCUGUUUUCUUCCUGACGACAGACUCUCCUCCGUCAGUAGACACCGCUCUCUGCCACGUGGAUUUGAAACUGUCUUGCCUCAGCUGCAAGAAGACGCUGAUGGACGGAGAGACCGUUUACCAAAGGAAGGACCAUGCGGACGUCUUCUGCUCCACUGCCUGCAUCUUAACGUUUUACCAAAUGAGACCAGUGAGGAAGACCUGCCAGUUCUGCCUCGAGGAGGUAAGAGAGUCGCAGGACGUCCUCCAGUUCCCGGUGGAGCCUGAAGGGACAUUAAAGGACUUCUGCAGCCAGGCCUGUCUGUCCUCCUUCAACUACGAGAAAAUCGUGUCCACAAAAAUACCCAUCGUGCCUCUCGCAUCACAUUCCCAAUGCAGCAUGUGCGGCAGAUACUGCAUUAGCAAGCAUGAGAUCAUAAAGCAGGGCCUGGUUCACAAGAUCUGCAGCGAGCCGUGUUUUUUCCGUUUCUGCAACUUGAACAAUCUGUCGCUCUGUCAGAACUGUCACUGCCGCUGCAACACACUACUCAUCCUCAAGAUGAAGGAGGGCAACAAAAAACUUUGCACUGCAGCGUGUGUGGCCCAAGUAAAAAAGACAAUCCGAACAUGGCAGCCGUGUGUCAUGUGCCAGUCUUCCUGUCCGGCAUCAGACAUGGUGGAGACCAUAACCGGAGAAAACGUGGUGGAGCUCUUCUGCACCAACAGCUGUGUGAUGGCAGCAAAGAUCCAGGCUGCCAGUGCGUCAGACGCUCCACUGAACUGUGAUAGCUGUGGGAGGAACACGCUACCCGCCUGCCACCUCGCCAUGCCAGCCGCCACCAUCAGAAACUUCUGCACUCUCGCCUGUGCCAUGACCUUCAAGGAGACGCAGAAAGACACAAGUGCUUCCUCUCACCUCUCAGGAGCCUCGGAUCUAACCAACAGUGACUUCCUCAAACCACCAGAGAACCUGCUGUGUGCCCAGUGUCGACGCAUCAUAAAGAUUUCACCCAAAGUUGUCCAGCAAAAGGGAAAAAUGACUUUCGUGUGCAGCCUGGCCUGUUCUCAAGAGUUCAAGAGGGUCACGAACAUCAUGACAACGUGUGAAUACUGUAGAACUGAAGGCAUCGCCAAGGACGCGAAGAGAAUCGACAGCAAAGACUGCUUCUUCUGCAGUGAUGGCUGCAAGAUUCUCUUAGGUCAUGAGCUGGAGAGGAAGUGGGGGAAGCACUGUUACUCGUGUGCUUACUGCCGCUCCUGCUCCAGGACAGUGUUGACGGCAAAUUACGCAGGAAAAACAGAGGAGUUCUGCUCUGAGGUCUGCAUGUCAAAAUACAACAUGCUCUACUGCUGCUAUGCCAAGUGCGACACCUGCAGUCAUAAAGGGAAACUGCGAGAGAGCCUUUCCAUGCUGGGGGAGGUCAAACACUUCUGUGACCUCAGAUGUGUCCUUCACUUCUGCAACAAAAUGCUCCAGGUGUUCAACACAGAUUCCUCCUCUCCUGAGUCGUCAGGUGCAGCAGCGUCCUCGCCCAUCAUCACCAGCGUUAUCUCACUUUCGAGUCAAAACAAAACCUUAUCCAGCACUACACAACCUGCUUCUUCCUCCCCUGAAUCUUCACGUGCGGCAGAAUCCUCCCCGGUCAUCACCAACGUCGUCUCACUUGCGAGUCAUCUGGCUCACAGGAACAAUACCUCCUCCAGCACUACACAACAUGAAUCUGUCCCUGAAAUUCAAACGAAGGUCGUCGGACAUGCCAGUGUUCAAACCGCUCCCAGGGAACUGAAGAACAAGUCUGUGCUCUGCUCCCCGUUGGUCCACAACAAAGGCGUCUCAUGUACGACAGUGACUGUGGACGCAGAAGCACAAACAGACAUCUUUCUACCUAAGGUCAUAGUGCUGCCUCUCCCAGUGCCGGCCUACGUUCCACUACCAAUGAACAUGUACAGCCAGUUCACACCACAGCCUGUGGGUCUACCGGUACCGCUGCCAGUGCCCAUCUUCCUCCCUGUGGCGCUGGACCGUCCUGCUCCAGCGAUGAAAGAGAGAGUCGAGCCUCCUGAGGCAGAACUCCACCUCAGGUCUGAGACGGGGACCCAGCAGGACGGCGAUAGUGAGAGAGAGAACGGGCUGAGGGCUGAAGAGCUGACCCCUGUAGACGAAAAACAAGAAACUCAGGACCUAAACGAAGACACCAGUAGCUUCGACGAUGAUUUGGAUACAAACAAUCUGGGUAGUUUCAACCUCCAGGAGCACUCGUUCACUGACGUCAGCCUUUGGUCGCUCGGUCAACAACACACUCCGGCUCCUCCUCCGAUCAGAGAGGAACCUGCGAGCUCUGCACCUGCUCCUCCACCGUCACAGCCAACGCUCCAGAGCAAAGCCCACAACAAGAACGAGGGUCCUAAGUUGCCCCGGUUGUGUAAGGUCACCAAAGAGGAGACGUUUCAAAGAGACUUGUCUAAACUCGUGUCGAGGAAACCGCACAAACAAAAGAGUCAGUGUGGGAUCGAUGCCUGGAAGAGAUGGAUUCAGGGGAGGAAGUCACAAACCAACCUGGAUCCUGUUUCCUACCAGGAGAACGUUCUUCUCUGUUCUGCGGCUGAACUGAGCGACGGCCUCUGUUGCUUCGUCAAUGAGGUGAAACGAGAUGAUGGAGAGCCGCACCCCCCCGACAGUCUGUUCUACCUCUGCCUCAGCAUUCAACAGUUUCUGUUUGAGAACGAUCGCAUGGAGAACAUAUUCAGUGACGUGAUCUACAGCAAGUUCAACACUGAGUUCAACAAAAUCCUCCAACAUCUCAAACCCUCAGUCACAGACGCUGGUUGCAUCCAGUCCUGCGUGGAGGAGGAGUUUCUUUGGGACUGUAAACAGUUGGGGGCGUACUCCCCCAUCGUCCUCCUCAACACUCUGCUCUUCUUCUGCUGCAAGUACUUUGGCUUCACCACGGUGGAGCAGCACCGCCAGCUGUCCUUCACCCAGCUCACCUGCUGCACCAGAACCAACCUGGACCACACCCGGACCACUUCCCUUCGCUUCUACCCGCCCACAUCCACGACUGAAGCUCAGCCAGACCGGGUUCCCGCUAAAAAACGUAAGAAAGAUAACGUGGAGAAUGUCCUGGAGAUGAUGGAGAACACGGAGAACCCGCUCCACUGCCCGGUCAGACUCUAUGAGUUCUACCUCUCCAAGUGCCCUGAGACGGUGAAGCAGUGCAGCGACCGGUUAUUUCUUCGGCCAGAUCGCUGCUGUGUUCCCAGCAGCCCCCACUGGUUCGACUCUACCCCACUGGAUGGCGAAACCAUGGAGGCCAUGCUCGCUCGAACCCUCACAGUCCGAGAGCUGCAGGACAGAAGGUUGCAAACUUCGGCCCAACGGACAACAGACGACACCACGUCCACAUGUUCUUGUUCUAGUUGUUAAAGACAUUCUUUCUGAUAGAAACUGUGAAGAAGAGACAUCUUCAUCAAGACAUCCGGUUCUGACGCAGUUAACUUCUCUUCAGUCGCUGCACAUUCAUGUUUUAUUGUUUGUUUCCUUUCAGUCGGUUGAAUGUCAACACUUUCAGUUGUGACCUGAGAUCUGCGUCAUUCUAUUUGGA